UGUGAGUGCAUAGAACCGUCGCGUUACCACAUCCUAACUGUUGCCUGCUGUCUGACAUUGACUGAACAACAGCAACUACACCCACUUUGGACCUUUAACCAUCCACCAUGUGCAAAGGACUUGCAACGCUUCCUGCAACAUGCCUGAAAAGCGCCAAAGACAUCAAACACAAAAUAAGCUUCUUACUCCAGAAGCCUGAACCUCAGGCAGCGGAGCCGAAGCCGCUGAAGGACAAGGCUGCAGCCAGCGCCGCGGCAGAUAAGAGUCGUCCUGCUUCAGCGGACGUGGAGAAAUGGAAGGAGUCUUUCAGCCACGUGAUGAGCAGUCAAACCGGUGUUGAGGUCUUCAGAAGCUUCCUGAGUUCUGAGUUCAGCGAGGAGAACAUCGACUUCUGGAUCGCCUGCGAAGAAUAUAAGAAGACCUCACCCUCCAAACUGGCAACCCGAGCCCAGCAGAUCUACCAGCAAUACAUUGAACCAGACGCUCCGCACGAGGUGAACUUGGAUGCCGCGACCCGAGAGGAAACCAGGCGGAACGUCGACAAGGCGGGUGGCACUUGUUUCGACGAGGCCCAGAAGAUGAUCUACAACCUGAUGGAGAAGGACUCCUACAGGCGCUUCCUCAAGUCCAAACUGAUCCAGGAUCUGUGUCAGGCCUCCAGCGACGCUACGCAGGAGAAGAAAGGCUGGGACUGUGCUGAGAACAGGCAGACUUUGGCCGGCGGUGCCUAAACGGGGCAGAAGACGGGAGGGAGCGCAGAGGAAGACUGGAACCGGGAGACGCUGGUGGAGAUUAGCUUGUUACUCGCAUGUCUGGUGUUUGUGGUGGGUUUAGCAAGUGCUUGAAGGUUCAUGUGAAAUGUGGUCAAAGCCGUUUUUAAUACUUCUACUCACAUUUGUACCUGGAAAAGCUUUGAGGCCGGUCCAAUGGUUCAGGUGCUGUUCGGCCACACAUGCAGUACUGUACGUUUCAUAUUUGCUCUUCACCAUCAACUGUCUGUAAACUGUUUUUGCAAAUCACGAAAGGUUGAUGGUGAGUGAUUCAACAUUAUAAAUACAGAUGAUGUCGCUUUUCACUGCAGUGUGAAGUUAAACCUCCUGCUUCUGGUUUGACCAAGAUACAGUAAAUAGAGCGUGUUACAAGGUAUUUACAGGAGUGAAGAUGCAGCUACCUCCACGUACAAAGGAACUUCCAUCCAGAGUCAGUGUUAAAAUGUUGAGAAUACUCUUCUGUUUUACAUAUUUAUGCACAUUUCAGACAAAGAAUAUUGUAUCUUACACAUCAUUCAGUCGCUCUGCAGUACAUUUUCUCAUCACACACCCUCUCACUCCCGCCCUGGUGUGCUGUUCAGCAGCAGAACAGAACCACGUCUAUGUUCUGAUGGUGCGCUGUCGCUCUGGAACCUGCUGUCACAGAUUAGUCACUGUAAAACCUGCCUGUGCCGUGUCAACGUCUUGGUCUCUGCAAACGUGGGCUUCGUGUAUUUCGUGGGACUUUUAGGCGCUUUAAUUGCAGUAUUGAUUUUUGGUCACAUCGCAGAUGAGAAAAGGUCAAUACGUGAAUCAUACGAGGAGGAUUUUUACGUUCAUUUAAACUGUGUGUUCAAUUUUGGUGGACUUUCAUACUGAAAUGUUUUAUCAUGUAUAGUGAAAUAAAUAGAGUAUUUAUUCCAAGAUGUCAUUGUCCUAUUUAUGGUAUCUGUGAUAAAAGCAUGAAUAAAAUGAGGCACUGGAUGAUCA